CGACGCGCUCCGAUCUUCUAUCUCUCUCUUUUUCCUAGUCCGGCCCGGGUUUGCUGCCAGUCUGAGACCCCUGGCUUUGGCCAAAAACAUCUGAAGGUGACAUGCCACAGGUGACAGUCUGAAAAUAUAGACGGAACGUUGAAGUCUGAUAGUACGGCACCCAGGACGACCCACAACGUGGCAAUGAGAGCUUCCAUCCAGCUGCUGUCAAGCUAACCUGCUGGUUAUUCGUAUGCCGUUCAUUUUUCAAAGGAUCAGCUGAAGUUAGAACCGACACAGUCGCCCAUAACCAUGUAUAGUUUACCUUUAACUUAUUUCAUUAGUCUUUGCGAGAAAGUUCUCAAUCUACUGACCGGGGAAGAUGAUUUUUGGGAAAUGGUUAAUACCAUUUAUCAUUUGUGUAUUGUUUCUUCAUGUUUCUUCUUGUGUAGAUUUAUUUAUUUAGUUCACAAAACUUCCAAUAAUGUUGUUAAAAUUUGGCCUAAGCAACCUAAAGAUAAAAGUGUUAGUACAAUGAUUGUAAUAGGUUCUGGCGGUCACACUACUGAGAUGCUCCGUUUAAUGAGAGUUAUGACACCCCACCUUUAUUGUCCGAGGACAUACGUCAUGGCCUCAAGUGACAAGACAAGUGAAUUUAAAGUGCAUGUUGUUGAGGAACAUCUUGCCACCAAAGCCAGCAAGAAAUAUAGAAAGUAUUCUAUCUUUAAAAUUCCUCGAAGUAGAGAUGUUGGCCAAUCUUUCAUCACGUCCUUUGUUUCCACUGUGUAUUCAUUCUUGAGAUGUUUGCCUAUGAUGCUUUAUCAUAGACCAGAGUUGGUGUUGUGUAAUGGCCCAGGCACCUGUAUUCCAAUUUGUAUUAUAGCUUUUGUGCUGCGAACCUUGUUUUUGAGCAACACUAUGAUUAUUUUUAUAGAAAGUGUUUGUCGAGUGGACAGCCUCUCUAUGACAGGCAAAAUUCUCUAUUAUUUUGCUGAUGUUUUCCUUGUUCAGUGGCCAGAUCUUGAACAGAAAUACAGCCGAACUGCAUAUGUAGGAAGAGUGUAAUAUUAAUUGUCUGCUCAAUGGAAACUUGACAAAGCUCUGCAAGUGCUUCAACUUCUGAGGCGAGUAGUACCUUGAUAUUCUGUCAGAUUGUCUUAAUACGUCCCUUCAUUUUUUACUUCAGUAGAAACUAAUGUAAAAGAAUGGACGGCAUUCUUUGAUCAUCCCAGGUAUAAAUCAAUACCAAAGAUAAGUGAAAAAUUAAACUUUAGCCACCAAUUGUCUUACAAAUGUGGUAUUAGUCAUUUAAGAAAUUUUUUACUCUUUUGUACUUUUAGUCCUUCUGGACAUGUGAUUUUAGUAAGCUGUGCUAUGUGUAACUUUUCUCCAAUUAGCGUUAUUGGAAAUUGUGGAUCAACAAUUGCUAAUGGAUUGUUGAUGUUAUGUACAUAUCAUCUGAGGUGACAAAUGCUACCACCAGCAUAUCUAGUCCACAUUUGUCUUUACUUAUAGAUAAGCAAUUCAACAACUGAAAAUGUAAUGGUACAGAUUAAAAUCAGGGCAAAACCAAA